AUGUCUCCAUCAACGACGACAUGUCCUUGGAAAAAAACAGAAACAGUACCUGUUUCAACUUCAUUUCAAGAACUUAUGGAUAGUGAUUUAGCAGCUAAAUUACAAAAUGAAGAAGAUGAAAAAUUUGCGCAUGAAACACGUCGUCAUUCAAAAACACCAAUUGAAACAGAAAUUUCCGUAUUCACUGAAGAAAAUGAUGAUGAUGAUCAUCAUCAUCCUAUUGAUCCAUCCUCAUUAGAAGAAAGUCAUGAUAAUGAUUAUUUAUUAGCUUUAAUGCUUCAACAUGAAUAUACUAAUGAAUUUAAUGGAAUGAUGAAAAAAUAUGAAUCAACUGUUAAUCGUAAUAGUAAAGUUAAAGUUUCCAUGAAAAAUUUUAUGUUAUUACCUGCAUCAACAUCUAAUCAAAUUAAUACGAAUUAUGAUGAUGAUGAUGAUAUCGAAGAAAUGAAAGAAACAUUCAGUGAUUGUGAAAAAGAUCAUCCAAUGCCAUCAUUUAAUCGUCGAGGUACAAGUGGUAAAGGUGCAUCAUUAGUAACAAAACAUAAUGCUGAAUUAUGUGGUAAACGUAAUGUAGCACGUGUUAUGAAUACAUUUCCACCUGAAUUUGAUACGGGAAAUGUUUUAAAUGAAAUGCAAUUAUCAAAUCGUGUUUAUAAUCAGCUUAAAUUACAUUCCUAUGCUGAAGAAAAACGUAUGAAUCGUUUACAUGAUAAAGUUGAAAAAGCUACAGCUAGUUUAGCAUUUGAUCCAAAAACACGUAUUAUUUUAUAUAAAUUAUUAAAUGCUCGUAUACUUGAUGAAAUUGGUGCAAUUAUUGCAACAGGUAAAGAAUCAAUUGUUUUAUAUGGUAAAGGUGGUGACACAGAACAACAUGAAAUACCAUCUGAAGUAGCAAUUAAAAUUUUUAAAACAACAUUAAAUGAAUUUCAUACACGAGAAAAAUAUCUACGAGAAGAUUAUCGAUUUAAAAAUCGUUAUAAAAGUCUUAAUCCAAGAAAAAUUGUUAAAUUAUGGGCAGAAAAAGAAAUGUUUAAUUUACAACGUCUUCAACGUAGUGGAAUACCUUGUCCAACACCUGUUUUACUUAAAAAACAUGUUCUAUUUCUUUCAUUUAUUGGUAAAGAUGGCGUACCAGCAGAACGUCUUCGAGAUGCUAUUCUAUCGUCAGAAGAACUUGCUAAUGCCUAUCAACAAUGUUUAAAUCUACUCAAACGUCUCUAUCAUGAAUGUAAAUUAAUUCAUGCUGAUUUUAGUGAAUAUAAUUUAUUAUGGUUUGAUAAUAUAGUACAUGUCAUAGAUGUAGCACAAUCAGUUGAACCUUAUCAUCUAAAUGCAUAUACAUAUUUACUUCGUGAUUGUACAAAUCUUUCAACAUUUUUUAGUCGACGAUCACUUAAUGAAUAUGUUUUAACACCUGAAGAAACAUUUAAUUAUGUAACUGGUCUUGCAUUUGAUAAACAGGGACAAGAAUUUCUUAAUGAAGUACAAGCAUAUGAAAAAAAUAUUCGUUUACAAAGUGAAGCAGUAAAAGAAAAAGAAAAUUUUUCAUUUGAUUAUUUCUUUAAUCAAGCAAAAAAAUUAAAUAUCGAUGAUGAUGAUGAUGAUUCUUCAUCGGAUGAAGAAGAUAUUGAGAAAAAUAACGAUGAUGAUGAUGAUGAUGAUGAUGAAAAUUAUGUAGAUUUAACAAGUGGUGAUGAAUCUAUGACAAAAUCUUCGCUAUCAAAACCAAUGAAAUUACCAUCACGAAAAAUAAAACUUUCUAAACAUUCACCGUAA